AUGCAACACUCGGGCUCGCGUGCUGCAGUAGAUUCUGCCGGGAGAAUGCAGGAUAAUCACUCUACUACUAUAUACGAAAAUGCAAGAGUUGGCAUGAGCCCUGCGUCCGGGAAUCGACGGCGUCGUAAACCACUGGCGUGCGAGGCGUGCUACAAGAGAAAAAUCAAAUGCGAAGUGGAAGGGUCCAGUGGGACUUGUAUUCAAUGUAUGCGUCGUAAUAUAACCUGCAAGAUCGCAUCGAGAAAAGGCAAAAGAGACAACCUCAAAAGAUCCCGCUAUGUGAGGAGUCUAGAGGAGCGUCUGAGGAAGACAGAGUCUCUGCUCAGAGCUGCUGGGAUCUUGAAUGAAGAGACACCGGAUUUCAAUGAUAUCAGCGAUGACCUGGACGAUUACUCGGAGGACGAUAGCAACUCCGGCGAUGAAGAAACCCCUAGUCCUCGCAAUGAACCUAGCAAGCGUAGUUCUGGGGCAUCUGAAUCCCAAGAUGCUUCAGUUGAACCAGAUUUACUUAUCUCAUUCACGACACCAAAAUACUCACCUGAAGCUAAUGCCUCACCCAAGUCCCCUGAGCGCCGGCGCUCAGGAACAGACCAGGCUGCAUCCUCGGGGCUCAAGUCGGAGAGUAAAUUAGACACCAAUUGUUAUAUUGGACGAUCAUCACCCUUGUCAAUCCUAACGCGGGAGGGAAUUGAGUGGAUUAAGAGCAAGUCUGGCGAUGCAAAGUAUCUCAGCAUUCUCUUGUCUCACUCAAAGUUUGAUAGCCCGUGGGAUCAUUGGCGACCUGAUGUUUUCUAUGACGUGUUUUCGUCCCAGGUUUUCAAACCACUCCCACCCAGAGCAGAAGUCUUCUCUCUACUUGGAGAUUACUUCCGAACGGUGAACCGCAUAUUCCCCUUAUACCACGAGGCAACGUUUAUGGAGCUUGUGGAAUGGCAGUACACCCAACAAACAUGCGACGACGCCGCAAGGUGGGCCAGCAUCAACAUCAUUCUUUCCCUGGCCUAUGAAUACCGUUUCUCAAAUUCUCAGAAGUCGGAAAAGGAUAGGGAGAAAGCAUGGCUUUAUUACAAAAAUGCUCUCUCGGUCUUUCCGGAACUAGUAUUACGACGGACAGACCUGCUGAGCGUGCAAGCCUUGCUCGGAAUGGCUCUCUUCCUUCGAGGAAACUCGGGUACGCAGUCGACAGUCCCAAUUGUAACCGCAGCGAUACGAUCAUCCCACCGCAUGGGGCUCCAUCGCAACAUCCAACGGCCUGGACUUUCCAAGGUCGAGCAAGAACAGAGGAGGAGAAUAUUUUGGAUUGCCUACAUUUUCGACCAAAGUACCUGCAUCCGGCUUGGAAGCGCACCAAUUCAACAAUUUGAUGACUUCGAUGUCGGCUUGCCAUCGGAGGAGACUGGCGAAGAUGUCUUGAUGCCCGAUAACAGGCCCUUCUUCCCGCGACUCUGUCAUAUUGCGUUGAUCAAAAGUCGAAUAUACCGAAAGCUAUACUCAGCAAGGGCGCUAGAAAAUAAAUCUGUGACUGAAAUUUGCGAAAUCGUACACGACUUGCAUAAAGAACUCGAGGGCUGGAGAGGACCCAGUCAAUUCGAUACCUUGUUGAAGAAACGAGGGUCUGGCGAUGAUUUCCUUGUUGGAUUCGCUUCCGCCGGCCUAUUUCUCGUCUACUACAACUCGUUGAUUAUGAUCCACCGACUACCAUUGUUGAUUAAUUUCGCCUACCAGUCGAACCUUGAUAAAGUAACACACUCCGACGCACUACUGAUCCUAAGUGAGUCUUCAUCGUCUGCCGCAGUAUGCGUUCAAGCCGCCCGCGACACCCUCAAGCUAGUGAAUAAUUUGCCGUGGGGAGAUAUCGCAUGGAUAUGGUCGUUAUUAUACUACGUCUUUUUAGCCGUAAUGACUAUAUUCGUCAACAUCCUCCGAAAUAGCCAGCAACCCACCGCCAAAGACGAUCUACAAUCGUUAAACAUGGCCGCAACAUUCUUCGCAACACUGGCCCCCGGAGACGGGCCAUGCAACUACGCCAGGUUCAUGACCAGGAUGAGCGCCACUUUCGAGCGGAUCGCCCGAACAGUGGUUGAGCGGGAACGGAAAGCAUUUAAACCUCUGCCUGAUGCAAAACACAAACCACCCAAGUCCCGUCUACCAGCAACGACCCUGUCAAAUGGCCAUAUCUCACCCCGUUCAUCCACCAAUCACACCGACAACAGGCCAUCGCAAUCCGCCUCUUCUCCUGAUGAUUCUGCCACUAGCUUCGAAAUCCCCAACCUCGAUGGUCUCCCUCCCAUCAACUCAUGCGGCUACGUUGUGCGCGAAAGCCCCAGCGACACACAUGGUGAUCUCCCCGUCUCCGCACCACACCCCAUGAACACAACAGCAACGAGGAUAGCAGCAGGCCUUGAUCCCUCCAUAGCAAGCGAUACUCCACAACAACAGCAGCAGCAGCAACCAGGAAUCACGAACCUCGAUCAAUUCCAACAGCUUCCACCCAACAACCCAUACGCGUUAGGUAAUAUGACCUUCCCCCUCUCCGCCCUCGAGGAAGCCAACUUCCAGCCAGAUCUAUGGCAGAUCCCACUAAGCGCGGACUGGGAGCUUGGAGCUCAUUUCCUAGGAAAUGUCCUUGGUCAUCCGGGAGGCUUUGGCUCUGGCCUUGCACCCGGUCUCGGAAAUGCAAACAGCACCCCGCCUACCGGUGCAGGUCAGAGUUUCUUCUUCCAGGGGAAUAACUAUAGCCAGCCUGUUUUGGGUACAACAGCUCCACUUGCAACGAUCCCUUCGAUUCCUAUUCCGGGUGGUAGUAUGGGCUAUGGAUAUGGACCUCCGGGGAGAGGGAAUGGGAGCGGGAAUGGGAAUGGGAAUGGGAAUUUCCAGGCACCAGAACUUCAUCAUACGGCCAUGUGGAUGGAUGCCAAUUUCGGGCCGCCGCCUUUCUAA